AGGAAAGCAAAACGAGACGUUACCACCGAAAGCACGCGCGCAGACACACAAAAGUGUCACUCCAUGCACCACACUGUAUACGCACCUUCUCAUAUUCAACAUCUAUCAAAACGUAUUUUGCGGACGCUCCCUCAAUCACAUCUACGGGUUUAUGGCCGCGACGCUUCUUACGAUGAGCUCCGCGCUCGCACCGGGACAAGAUGACUUACUCUCUUUUUUUAAACCCUCAUUGUCAGACGGCUUUCAAGAGGACUCGUCUCUGUUUUCCUUUGAAGUAAAGAAUCCUGACCCGGAAAGGGGCUUAUCGAGCGACUAUUCUCAGGCUAAAUUAGAGAUGGAUAAAUAUCUGUCUCCACAACCUGUGGCUCUCUCAGAGCCGAAGAAGUCCCAACGAGAGAGUGCUUCUGUAGUGGACCAGUUUUUUGGGAAUGACCAUGGUUCCCCCUACAGCAUCAACAUGAAUGUUUACUUGCCUGACAUUGCGUAUUUAAGAACCGGGCUGUGCCGACCAACACAGCCUUCAGUCCCCAACCAGAUCAAAACUGAACCUGUGGCAGCGCCUUUUUCUCACACAGAGUGCCCAGUAAGCACAAAUGGCCCAUCUCUGCCCACACUACCAGAAUUUACCAGCAUCUUUAAUUCAAAUUCCACUCAAGGUUCCGGAAUCAACACAGUGGAUGACAGUAACAGGGUCUUUAUCAAACAGGAGAUGCAAGGUUUUGACAUCCCACAGGAUGGGCCUCUCUUUCAGCUACUUAAUUCAGACCUGGAUGUCCCCCAUCAGGCAGUAACAGACUCUCAUUCCCACCCUCAAGCUCACUCUAUGCCCUCACAGAUGCCUGCUUUUCAUGACCUGCACUUACCAACCCAACAGACUGCUGCCACGCCAUACUGCGGCAUGCCCUCCGCCGGGUACCCUCUAGGCCCAAGUCACUUUGUUCACCCUCAUCGUCAGCCUCACUCGCAUCUUAAAAUGCCGUACCUUCCCCCCUCACCUCCCACUUCAGAACCUGGCAGUCCUGACAGACAGAAGGAUCUGAUUCACAAUCUGACACCACCGCCAUCUUACGCUGCAACUAUUGCCUCCAAAAUGGCCGUCAGUGCACCCAGUCAUCCAACUCCCACCUCAACACGAGCUCCCGCAACCGCUGGGUCCAUGCCUGUCCGGUACAACCGAAGGACGAACCCAGACCUUGAAAAGAGAAGAAUACACCACUGUGAUUUUCCAGGUUGUAAGAAAGUUUACACCAAGUCGUCCCAUCUAAAGGCUCACUUGAGGACACACACUGGUGAGAAGCCAUACAGGUGCACAUGGGAGGGCUGUGACUGGCGAUUUGCGCGUUCCGACGAGCUGACGCGUCACUUCAGGAAACACACAGGAGCCAAACCCUUUCAGUGUGCCGUGUGCAGCCGAAGCUUCUCUCGCUCCGAUCAUCUCGCUCUGCAUAUGAAGAGGCACCAGAAUUAAACACAAAAGCCCACACACCUACUUAUUAUUAAGCACUUAUAUCGUGUUCUCACGAUAAAAGAGCAUAACUUUUUUCUCUAUGCCAUGACGAACCUUAUCAUGUUUAAGGUAAAAGUUCUGAUCCCUCUGAUUUUUUUUAAAGACAAGCUGUCGACUAUAAACUGAUAAACAAAAAACUGUUUGAUACUGUAUGAGCAUGAAAUCCAAAAUAUCAUGUGAAAUUCUGAUUCACAACACUUCAUCCAUAUAGGAUGUAUUGAUCAAAUUUCUUCUCUCGAUUGUCAUUUUUAAACCCCUUGCAAUGCAAAUAAGCUGUCUUGUAAGUGAAACUGCCUUGAUGCAUCAUCCUCAGCCUCUGCUUAAAAAAUAGACUUCCAUGGAAGAUAAAGAUCUGCAGUUAAAUAGUUUUAAACGUAUUAAACAUGACUACAACAUAUACAGGAUUUUGUACAUCUGCAAAGCACUAAGCCAACUCCCUUUUACUUUGCACUUGAAUUUGAGUAUAUAUACAUACAUACAUCACUGGAAUAGUUACUGCUCGAAAAGGACUUUUAGCUACGAUUCACUCUUCGGGCUGCCUUUGUUGUUGGAGUAUUUAUAGCUUUGGAUGAUAAUGUGCUGCUACUAAACAGCAAUUAUUUCAUGAAUUAUUAAACCAUGGUAUUGAAAAGCAAUGAGAAGUAGAAAGGGCUUUAGAAAGCUGUGUGAUUUGUACAGUCUACUUUCUACACAGAAGCAUGCCAACCAUUUGUUUUCCUAUCGUCAUUGACUUAUAAGCUCAUAUGAAUGUACAAGACCACAGUGACUGUUCUUUUGAAGUAAAGCCUUUGGAACACAUUUCAUCUUAAAGUGCCUUUUGAUGUUUGUUUUGAUCAGCAGUACACUGUUUUUAGAGACAGAUCAUUGAGCUGGUUUCCAUUAUUUCACAUUAACAACAAUUCAGUCGCCUUUCAUAAAAGCAAGAUUUAUUUACAAGAUUAUUUCUUGUAAAAUCAAUGUAUUUAUUGCAUUAGCUUUGUGAAAUAGAAUUUGACAAGUUUUGUGUAAUUGAAAUGCCUUAAUGUAAAUACUAUGACAUUUUAUUGUAGAUAUUAUUUUGUUGCUCGGUUCCUUUUUUUUGGAUCCUGGCAGUGUGACUAUUUAGAUGUUUUUGAUUUUUUUAUAUUUUCAAUUAAACUUAUUUUGUAGAUUUCCAGAUUAUAUUUCUAAAUUUGUUGUCUUUGUGAUUUUUUUGCCUACUGAUUUAAAUGAAAUCUAAUAAAAUCUAAUUUUUACAAACUGA